AUGGCAGAUACAACACCAGACUUAUCACAUAAAUUUAUUUUAUCUGUUGUAGUCCGCUUUGUUAAUGAUAAAGGAAAACCAGAAGAAAGAUUGCUUGAAGUCCGUGAAAUUGUAGACAAGACAGGCAAAGGAAUGGCUAAUGAAAUCUUAGAAACAUUAUCUACUAAUAAUUUAGAUCUUCAAAAUCUAGUUUUUCAGUCCUAUGAUUUCGCAAAUUAUAUGUCUGGUCAAUUUAAUGGUGCUCAACAAAAAAUAUCAGAAGCUAUUGGACGUAAAAUUCCAUAUAUUCCUUCUGUAUUAAACAUAACAGAUGCUACUUUAUUUAUUUCAAGUACUCUGAAAUCAUUAGACAUUAUAAAUUGUGAUUCUGAAAAUAUGAACAACCUGAUCCAAAGUGCUGUAGUUUUUUUGAAAAAAUAUGUUGUUGAUGCUGAAAAAGAAUUUUCUGUACGACACCAUCGUCGAAUUGCCCCUAAAAAUUUGGACAUUAAUAGAAGUAAUGCUUUUGAAUUUUCCUUUUACUCUUUUUAUAGGAAAGAGUUUAAAGUGGUCUUAGAUAAACUGAAUGGUUUAAUAAAAGAUCAUCUUGAAAAAUCUAUUAAUGAUAUUAAGCCAUUAUACAGUAUGUUUAAACCAGCAUUUUCAAAAAAAUUGUUGACGGAAACUCUUAUUCAAGAUGCAAUACAACUUUUACCAAAUAACAUUGAAAUUGAUACAUCAACUUUGCAGUGUGAACUAGAAGUGCUCUACGAUCAAUGUCAAAAUAAAAGCACUAUGAGUGACCUAGCAAUAGUUUCCCAUGAAUUAAAAACUGCUUUACCAUUGGCAAAUUUAUUAUGCCACUUAUCGUGUACAGUACCUGUAACCGUUGCUGGCAAUGAAAGGUCAUUUAGCAAAUUGAAAAUAGUCAAAAACUAUUUAAGAACAACCCAAGAAGACUCUAGGUUAAACAAUUUGAUUUUAAUUUCUUCUGAAAAAGAUUUGGUGGAUAAAAUUUCUUUAAAUGAAAUGGCUCAAAAAUGGUACAUACAAUUUGCUAUUACUGUUUCACUAUGA